AGCGUCAUGACAGUGCCACGCAAGCACACCGCGACAUACCUUGUGAAAACCAAACGACGGACACCGCUCGUCGUCAUCUCCCUCUGUUCCUGUGCUCACGUUCGCGAACGGCAUAACUCUAUGAGAGGAGGCAGCCAUCCCAAAAGGGAGUCAGAUAUUCGUGGUGGCUAUGACCUGCUUUGUGUUUGACGAACUCUUUGCCAGCGCAAAAGCAGGUGGGGCAGAUAUCCACGCCAUCUCCCGGCUCACAGACAGGAUCGGCGCUCGAAGACUGAGUCCCUUUCUAGGCAUUGGCACGGGUACAGGUAUGGGUCUGACUUUCAAGACCCAUGACCCGUGUACCCGCGCGGGUAUAUCAUGUGACUUUGUUUACCGCGCUUGGUCUUGUUCAACAUCGCAUUCAUUCUCAUUAAAAUUGCUUUUACUUGUACUACUAGAGUUCAUCUAUCAUCAUAGGCCAUGCGGGAGUUGCAGGGGACCAGUGCUAGUGACACUGAGACUCAAACAUCUCCGUUCUCUUGCGCUUAACUUGGAUGAGGCUAUCGCACUUCACAGGGAAGCGCUGACUUUGCUCCCAGUCGGUCACACAGAUCGGUCUGGGUCAUUAAAUAGCCUCGCAGCUCCACUCUCCUCCCGCUUUUGCCGCUGAGGCAACGACGAAGACUUGGAUAAGGCUAUAGCGUUUCACAGGGAACCACUGGCUUUGCUCUCGGCCGGUCACACACAUCGGUCUUCGUCAUUAAACGACCUUGCGAAUAAACUCUUGACCCGCUUUAAUCACCGAGGCCAUGACGAAGACUUGGAUCAGGCUAUUGCACGUCGAAGGGAAGCACUGGUUUUACUCCCGGUCGGUCACACAGAUCGGUCCAUGUCAUUAAACAACCUGGCGAAUGGAAUCUCCUUCCACUUUCACC